CGAUGCUCGUACGGCGCCGGAAGAAGCUAUAGAAGUACACGAACCCAACAAAAUUUGUACCUUUCACAAGCUGACCGUAAGGUUCAGCUAGGCGUUUAAUAGUGACUUAGGAGUAGAGGCUAGGCUUGCCUCUUUUCUUUUUUAAGGAUGGCAUUCCAAGGCGCUGGUGGGGGUCAGUAUGUGCCCCCGCACCUCAGGGGCAUGUCCAUGGGAGCCCCACCUCCACCUCCGCCUCCGGGCCCUGUGAUGGGCGCAUUUGCUGGCUUUGGCGGCCCUGCCGGUGGCUUUGAGGAUCGUGAUCGGGGCGGCCGCGGUGGCUAUGGCGGUGGCUAUGGUGGCCCUCGUGGUGGUGGAUAUGGUGGCCGUGGUGGAUUUGCCGGUGGCAUGGCCGGCCGUGGUGGCUUCAGUGGCGCUCCUCGUGGCGAGGGCGGCGCUCCUGGGAUUGGCGGUGUGGGCUUUAACCGACCCUACGACGAUCCCUUCAAGAAGGCAGAGGCGGAGAAGGCAGAAAUCGACGCGCUGUAUGGUGCUGAGAACACCGGCAUCAACUUUGAUGCCUAUGAGGAUAUCCCUGUGGAGACCAGCGGCAAGGACGUGCCCAACCCCGUGCACAGCUUCGAGGACCUGAACCUGCCACAGUGCAUGAUGGACAACAUCAAGCGCUGCAAGUUCACGAAGCCAACUCCUGUGCAAAAGCACUCUAUUACCAUUGGCCUAGCUGGACGUGACCUUAUGGCCUGCGCUCAGACCGGCUCAGGCAAAACGGCGGCCUUCUGCUUCCCGAUCAUCGCCGCUAUGCUCAUGAAGGGCUACCAGCCAUCUGGAGGCCGGAACAGCCGCAAGGCGCUACCUGGGGCCCUGGUGCUGGCGCCCACUCGCGAGCUGACGUCUCAGAUUUACGACGAGGCGCGCAAGUUCACGUACAUGACUGGCCUCCGCCCAGUGGUCAUUUACGGUGGUGCCCCUGCUCCCAACCAGCUCCGCGACCUGGAGCGCGGGUGCGACAUCCUCGUGGCCACCCCCGGCCGCCUCAGCGACUUCAUUGAGCGCGGCCGCGUUGGCCUGUCCUCGAUCCUCUUCCUGUGCCUGGAUGAGGCCGAUCGCAUGUUGGACAUGGGAUUCGAGCCGCAGAUCCGCCGCAUCGUGGAGCAGGAGGACAUGCCGCCUGUGGGGCAGCGACAGACGCUGAUGUUCAGCGCCACCUUCCCCAAGGAGAUUCAGCGCCUGGCCGCCGACUUCCUGAGCAACUACGUCUUCCUGACGGUUGGCCGCGUGGGUUCCUCGACCGACCUGAUUGUGCAGCACAUUGAGUAUGUGUCGCCGGACGAGAAGCAGAACACGCUGCUGGACCUCAUCAGCACGGUCGAGGGCCUGACGCUGGUCUUCGUGGAGACUAAGCGCGGCGCGGACGAGCUGGAGCGCAUCCUCACGCGCAGCCAUCUGCCCGCCACCUCCAUCCACGGCGACCGCUCGCAGGAGCAGCGUGAGAUGGCUCUCCGCAGCUUCAAGAGCGGCAAGACGCCAGUCAUGGUUGCCACCGACGUGGCCGCCCGUGGUCUGGACAUCCCGCACGUUACCCACGUCAUCAACUACGACCUGCCGAAGGACAUUGACGACUACGUGCACCGCAUUGGUCGCACGGGCCGUGCAGGCCACAAGGGUCUGGCCACCGCCUUCUUCACGGACGCCGACGCGCCGCUCGCUCGGUCUCUGGUUGAGGUGCUGACGGAGACCAACCAGACGGUGCCGGGCUGGCUGCAGAACUACGCUGCGCGCACCCCAGGCUACGGCCAGAAGAGCCGCCGCGGAGGCGGCCGCUUCGGCGGUCGCGAUUUCCGCAAGGACGGCUACGGCGGUGGCGGCGGUGGUGGUGGCGGUGGCUACGGCGGCGGCUAUGGCGGUGGCGGCUACGGCGGUGGCGGAUACAACCGCGGCGGUGGUGGCUACGGUGGCGGCGGCUACGGUAGCGGCGGCGGUGGCUAUGGCGGUGGCGGUUACGGCGGCGGCGGUGGCUACGGCGCAGGCGGCGGCUAUGGCCAGAGCGCAUGGGAUUAAGUUGGAGGCCGGUUGGCCUUAUCCGUGGUCUGCCCAGCUGUUGCAGACCUACGGAGCACCAGACAGCAUGACCGCUGUGUAGAGCAUACCUCCCGGUUAGACAGUUGUUGACGCCGCAUGUGUUGCGUGUGGGAUGUAGGCAAUAGGCGUAGCGUGGAGGAGCGGGGCAUCAUACAUGGAGUUGGACACAUUUGUUUGAUGGCGUUGCACAUGCAGGCCAAUGUAGCAGUGCCUGUAGCAGUUCACACUGUCAGCGCCAUGAUGAUGGUAGUAAGAGUUCACCGCAGGAAAGAGAGCGCCCCAGCUGGAGCCGUUGACUUCAUUGCUGUCAAGAGGGCGCUACAGCGACACGGCGGUUUCCUGUUUCCUGUUGGGUAGCAAGACGCCGUUGCACCAGCGAGAUGAUUGUGGCUGCUAGAGCCAUGGUCCAUGUGCGCACGUUUAAGCGUUCUUGCUGAUUGUUGCUGCUCGUCGUUCAGCGUCAUGGAAAGCACACAGCUUGUUAUUCCGGGGCUUUGAUUUUGCGUUGUUUUGGGCCCAUGUGGCUCUGUAUAGCGCAGUAUGUACUCCGGAUCGAGUGACCGCUUGGGCAAAUGCGAGAACCUGAGAAGACAUGUAUGCCUAGCUGCCCAGUUGUUCUUCUGCGCGUAUUCACCUGAGCGCUGGAGAGACUUAGCGAGCCGCGCUUUGCAUUUGAGAGGCAAGAGGGGCGCGAGUGCUUGCACCGCAUUAUUCCUUUAGCCUGCUAUGUUGGGGCGAAACUCGCGCGCUUGUCAGUUUGCGCGCGCGUUUAUGGCAGGUGAAAUCUUGAGCCCCACUCUUGAGUCAUGUGCGCGGUGCGCUGUUGGGCAGUUGGGUAGAAGUCGAGACGGUCUGCAAGAGGGAGCAGGAGGUGUCUGUCGUGGUCUGCAUUCUGUCAAUCUAACAGCUUUGCUGAGGCCUUGGCCUAGUCUUACCCGUUUGUUAAGGGUGGGACUCAGGGCCCUGGGGCCGUGGAAUGGCACAUGGCCAGGACCCAUGCCCACACGUUCCUUGUGCGUGUGACGCAUGUCAGUUGUCCUGCGUCUUGAUGCUGCUUAUGUACAGUGCCCGGCUUGGGCGGCCCUACCUCUCGAAUGCUCAUCUCUUGUUGCAGACACGGACUCUUCAUUCUCGCAUUGUGCUUGUGUUGCCCAGGUGUGUGUACGCUGGUGGUGCUUGUUUUAUGUCCUGCACGUGUCGUGGUGUUUCCUGAUAUCGAGGAUUUUGUGUUGUGGUGUCAGUUUUAAUGCUACUCCACCGUUACAGAGGUUAAGUGCAGCGCUUGCCUGCCCGGCUCUUCAUUGGGGCUCUUUACUGCAAGCAGGUUGCUUGAGAACCUGACCGUGUACGCUCCAUUGUGGACGCCUAUGUUGCCCGCUUUUCGGAAUAACAACACACGCCAGCGGCUGAGUUUCUGCCGGGAUACGUUUGACCGAGACGCCUGUUUUCCUUUACUGUGGUAAAUUGCCGACUUUUGAACCCUACAACUUGUUUGCCAAUGCAGUUUGUGGCGAUUCUCCUUGUGUUUCCAUUCUUCUGGCGUGUCGCCAAACUGCUAACUUAGUCGCAUGCCAAUUUGACGCAUCUGUCCGUACAUUUUGUAAGGUAAACUCACACGAUGUUGUAUGACAUGCUCAACGGUUAACGCCAGGAGAGACCGGCAGCUUUUACAUUCCUGUGAAGCACGGUUACCAUACUUCUAAAACACGUUGACAUCUGCGUAACCUUCAAUACACUUGCAGCCUGUGUUGUUCAAAAGUCCGUUCACAGCCAAAAACGGC